AUGAUGACGUGCCGUCUGCUGUGCGCCCUGCUGGUGCUUGCCCUGUGCUGCUGCCCGUCCCUCUGCGUGGCAGACACUCAGUCUGGGCCUGAAGCUGGUUUGGGCGUCCCUGAUCCAUCGCCUUCUUCACCACUGCCGCCAAUUGGUAAUUCGGAUGACCCUAAUGUAAAGGCCACCAGUCUGUUGACCCCUCUAUUAGGAUUACCGGAGGAAGAACCACCGGCCCCUGGUUCGACAGGAUCGUCAAGUACGGGUUCCGUUCUGGAUGAGGGAAACGUUGACGGAGAAGGACCAGGUGUGACCGCUGGGGAAGCGCACUCAAAUAUGGUGCCCAAUACGGUACAGGGAAAAGGCAAGGACGGUACAACAGGAGGACAAAGUGCCACUAAUACAUCCGCAGAUAAAGCAGCUCGUGAGGCCAAAGAUGCUGCCCAGAAGACCACGACGACCACAACACAGGCACCAACCACGACCACCACUACUGCACCAGAGGCACCAAGUACUACGACUACAGAGGCGCCAGCCACUACUACGACCACCCGCGCACCGUCACGUCUCCGCGAAAUCGACGGCAGCCUCAGCAGCUCUGCGUGGGUGUGUGCCCCGCUGGUGCUUGCCGCAUCCGCGCUGGCGUACACCGCUCUGGGCUGA